GGGGCGUGGCCGGCCACGGGAGCGCGCGCGGCGGAGGAGGGCUCCGGGAGGCCGCGGAACAGCGACCGCCGCCAUAUUAAGGAGCGCGGAGCCCGGGGUCCCGACAGCGGCGGCCGCGGCCGGACCAGUGGAGCUGCGGGCGGCAGAGGCCGGCGCGGCGCUGCGCCGGGAGAGACGGGGUCGGCGGAGCCAACGGGGGACCGGAGCGAGCCAGGCUGACCCGGGCCGGCUGACCUUGGCCGGCGGCCUGUGCCUGCCCUGCGUCGCCAUGGACCAGGACUAUGAGCGGCGCCUCCUCCGGCAGAUCGUCGUUCAGAACGAGAACACGAUGCCCUGCGUCGCAGAGAUGCGGCGAACCCUGACGCCCGCCAACUCUCCCGUGUCCUCCCCCAGCAAGCACGGAGACCGCUUCAUCCCCUCGAGAGCCGGUGCCAACUGGAGCGUCAAUUUCCACAGGAUCAAUGAGAAUGAGAAGUCUCCCAGCCAAAAUCGGAAAGCCAAGGACGCCACCUCGGACAACGGCAAAGAUGGCCUGGCCUACUCCGCCUUGCUGAAGAACGAACUGCUGGGGGCCGGCAUCGAGAAGGUGCAGGACCCGCAGACGGAGGACCGAAGGCUGCAGCCCUCCACGCCUGAGAAGAAGGGCCUGUUCACGUAUUCCCUCAGCACCAAGCGCUCCAGCCCCGACGAUGGCAACGAUGUGUCUCCCUACUCCUUGUCCCCCGUUAGCAACAAGAGUCAGAAGCUACUGCGGUCGCCACGGAAACCCACCCGCAAGAUCUCCAAGAUCCCCUUCAAGGUCCUGGACGCGCCAGAGCUGCAGGACGACUUCUACCUGAACCUGGUGGACUGGUCGUCCCUCAAUGUGCUCAGCGUGGGGCUGGGGACCUGCGUGUACCUGUGGAGCGCCUGCACCAGCCAGGUGACCCGGCUCUGUGACCUCUCGGUGGAAGGGGACUCGGUGACCUCCGUGGGCUGGUCUGAACGGGGGAACCUGGUGGCCGUUGGCACGCACAAGGGCUUUGUGCAGAUCUGGGACGCAGCUGCAGGAAAGAAGCUGUCCAUGCUGGAAGGCCACACGGCACGCGUCGGGGCGCUGGCCUGGAACGCCGACCAGCUCUCGUCCGGGAGCCGGGACCGCAUGAUCCUGCAGAGGGACAUCCGGACCCCGCCCCUGCAGUCAGAGCGGCGGCUGCAGGGCCACCGGCAGGAGGUGUGUGGGCUCAAGUGGUCCACGGACCACCAGCUCCUCGCCUCGGGGGGCAACGACAACAAGCUGCUGGUCUGGAACCACUCGAGCCUGAGCCCCGUGCAGCAGUACACGGAGCACCUGGCGGCCGUGAAGGCCAUCGCCUGGUCCCCGCACCAGCACGGGCUGCUGGCGUCUGGCGGUGGCACGGCUGAUCGCUGCAUCCGCUUCUGGAACACGCUCACGGGGCAGCCGCUGCAGUGCAUCGACACGGGCUCCCAGGUGUGCAACCUCGCCUGGUCCAAGCACGCCAACGAGCUGGUGAGCACGCACGGCUACUCGCAGAACCAGAUCCUGGUGUGGAAGUACCCGUCCCUGACCCAGGUGGCAAAGCUGACCGGGCACUCGUACAGGGUCCUGUACCUGGCCAUGUCCCCUGAUGGAGAGGCCAUAGUCACUGGUGCUGGGGAUGAAACCCUGAGGUUCUGGAACGUCUUUAGCAAAACCCGUUCGACAAAGGUAAAGUGGGAGUCCGUGUCAGUGCUCAACCUCUUCACCAGGAUCCGGUAAACCCUCGGGCCUCUCUGUCCGGGUCGGAAGAGCACCGUCUCUCCUCGGCGUUCACGGACCCUCCCCUCUCCGGCACGCGGUCCCCGGAGGAAGCAGCCGGGGUGGGGCGGGGAGUCGGGCCUGGAGAGACCCCGAAGAUUCUCAUUAAAGCCUGAUUGCGAACCCUGGCAGCCAGUGUUUGGGGCGGGGGCACGGCCGGGCACCAGCAGGAGAGGGGCUCCCGCUCCCUGCACGCUGGGCGGCCCCGGCGGGGACCAUCCGUUCGGCCGCUCUGCUCGGAGCACGACGGACGCCUCCUGGGACCCAGCCUGCUUCUGUUCACGUCCAUCGCUGCGUUGUCGUCGUCGUCCCAUCGUCCUCGUCGUCGGGCCUGCAUGCUCUUCCUGAAGCACGUGCUCGCCACCGCCGCUGCCUUCGCCCACGCCUGCGGGACAGACAGCCGGACGCCCGGCCGGUCAGCUGAGGCUGGGCAGACGGCUGAGCUCGGCCCGUGGAUCCGAGAGACACAUCCAGCUGCCCGGCGUCUCGGCAGCUGUGCCCGUGACUCCACAGGCUCGGCACGGCCUCCGGGGCAGGCUCCGUGCCAGGCGGUCAUCUCGAGAUGGACUUCUGCCCGAGGAAGACGAGUCAGGUCCAUUCGUUGUGUCGUGCUCACCCCAACCCCCCACCGUCCUGUCACUGCCGGGUCCCAGCCAGGGAGACCCAAGGGCAGAAUCAACCCUGAGGGCCGGGUCCUCCUCCCCGGCGCCCCCCGCACGCCCAGGUCGCCCCGUGGGGUCCCGACCCUCUGUUCCGUUGGCUGUGGGGCGGCUGGGGGAGGCGGCCCUCCCCUCACGUCCUCUGCUCUGUCCCCAGCUGCACCUGGGCCCAUCCCCUCCCGCCGAGGGAGGAAAGAGGGCCUGGGUGUGGCCCGGGACCUGAACGGCAGGCCCCUGUCCCUCCUCGGGUCGGUGGAGGGGUGGGUGUACUGGCACGGCGGAGCCGGCGGAGCGGGCCCGGGCUAGGCUGGGGGCCAGCAGUCAGGGCCGGGCCGCGCAGAUCCCCUCCGCGUCCCGGUGGCCUUGCGCUCUUUCCUGUCAGCCGUGUGUGCACGUGUAUAUACGUACUCGUGGCUUUUGUUUAGGUUUGGUUUUGUGUUUGUGUAGACGGGUCCCAGGAAAGUGGAGGGGUGGUGGGGGAGGAGCAGUGGCUCAGCCACUACAGCGGGACGGCUCCCGGCUCCCGACCAGCUGAGCCUGCCUGAACUGGGCGGGGAGGGGGGCUGCCUCCCAGCGGGGCCGGGCCGGGGACAGCGUACGUAGAUGUGUGUUUUGAUUGGUCGAGUUCUUAUUUUUGUUUUGAGUGGUUUUUUUAAGAAAACAACCCCGGCUCUGUCGCGCUGUCUGUCGCCUUGUGCCCUGCGGGAGCCCGGGAACCGGCUGUGCUCGUGUGGCUGUGCCGCCUGGGAGCUGGGACAGGGAGGUGCCCGGUGCACCGCUCGGGCCUCGAGUGCGGGGACGGGCGCUGGGAGUGGAGCGAGCCUUGUUUCUUGUCAACCGCAGCAUCGUUGUCAUUAAACCGGUUGUGGGUUUACGCACUGCUGGGGCUGGCUCUCCGUCUCUCUGGUCCCCAGCUGGGAGGGGUCCUGCGGGUCUGCACGUGCCCGGGGCCGCAGGCCAGCCUAAGUGUCACAAACGGGCACAGGCGACUCGCCCUGGGCGAGCUGGCUGCGGAGGAGUCUCGCGGGCAGGCUGAGAGAGGUGCCCGUGACCCUGGCUUCGUGGUCCCCCGGGGCAGAGGGCAUGGGUGUAGCCAGCCCUCGUGGCCCAGCCAGGGCACGGCCCUGCUGUAGGGGAGAGGCACCCACUCCUGGCUGCCAUCCGGGAGGAGAAGGGUGGGGCCGGAGGCGGUGGUCUGUGCCUGCACAGAGGAGGGGAGGGGCCGGAGGAGACGGGGGGCCGUGGGACUAGGGGCACGGGGCCACAUGGCAGCUUGUGGGUGGGGCAGGUGCUUCUGUCACCUCUAUCUGGCCGGUGGGGAAACAGGCCAGUGGGCGGCGUCACUGGCCCAGCGUGUCACACGGAGUGCUGGGGGGCAGGGGGUGGGGGGUGAGAUUUGUUGGUUGACCUUCAGGUGUAGCUUUUGUGAGAAAAGGGAAGGGGUGUGGUGGUGGUGGUGGACGAGGGGCAGGCAGGGGCAGCGAGUGAGGGGCAGCCAGAGGGGGAGCUGAGGACUCGGCGGGGACCAUGGAAGAGAGAGAUCUGGAAGUGCUGGAGGGCAGCAGGAGGUCUUGGGGGUGGGGAGGAAGGCCAGCCCCGGCCAGAGUGGGGGCAGGACCUGGCAGGUCAGGGGGCCCCAGGGGUCUCAGAAGGGUGAGCCCCCUGCCGCGAGCAGGUGCCCACAGCGGGCAUGCACCCCGGCCCCUCCCUCUAGGUGAGGAGCCCCGUCUGGGACCGUGGGGACGAGAGAGACCGGACCACAGCACCUGCCUUCGUGGGCCUCCGCUGUGGCAGGAGUGGGACGGGACGGGGAGAAGCCCGUGUGGCUCUCAGUGUGACAGGUGGCGGAGGCCCUAGAAAAUGUCAUCUUCGAACCCGAGGCCCAGUGGAGCCUGGUGUUUGAUCAAGGGCCCAGAGAGCAGGGGGCACCAGGGCGGAGAGCACAGUCCCCGCACAGGCUCUGGAGCAGAGCCUGUGAGGGGAGGGUGGGGAGCGGGUGGGGCAGGGCAGGUGGGGCCUCGGGGGCCCUUGGAGUUCACGUGUCUGUUAUGUGGUGUAUCUUGGAGCAUAUGUCGGUGAUGUUUAGUACGUUCACGAGGUGGUGCUGCUACCGUGUCUAGUUCCAGAACAUUCCACCACCCCAGAAGACGACCCGUCCCCAUCAGCUGUCACUCCCUGCCCCCUCCCCGGUGCCCGGCCCCCACAAACCCCCUUCCCGUCUGUGGAUGAGCCUGUUCUGGACGUUUCACAUAAAUGGAAUCACACCCCG